AUGCGAGACCACUUACUUCGAGCCUCUGCCACUCCACGUCCAGAACUCGAUAUCUCCUGCAUGUCCUCGCCCGCAAUGUCGUCGCCCACGUCCACUGCCGUUACGUCCCCCGUCAUGGCAAAGAAGAAACUCCUGCUGUAUCGACGUGAGCAAGGAGCCUUCGUCUGGAAGAACAAGCCGGGACUUCGCGUGACAGAGGACAACCAUAUGAUCGAAAACAUCGAGAACGAGACCCAAAUCGGAGAGCUUCUCAAUAUUCUCAGCGACAAUAUGCACUCGGAGCAAUCACUCCAGAACUACGAGUUUGUCUGCAGCUGGCAAUCCGUUCGCUUGCCACGCUACCAUUGCGUCCUGGUAUCCCAAAUUGAAGGCUCAGCCUCAAUCUCAGCCUCAAUUCAGCUUCCAUCUCCAGUGUCCAACGACGAGGAGCCAAGCGCAGGACCAGAGGCCACUGGAUCUGCCACUCAGCUCGAGAACACCACAAGCGGUCCAAACGGGGUCCGUCCUCCUCCUCCUCCUCCUCCUCAACGCAGACUUGGGAAUCAGAAUGCGAAUGAUAACACUUCUCGCAACGAUACUCGACUUGGAUUCACGCUUCACGACCCUCCUGCAUAUCCAACCAAUCGCCCACGACGUCUGCGAUAUUUCGAUUAUGACGCUUGGCGCAGAGCUGCCACUGAGUAUGCCAAUGAGCGUGAAGCUGCGCGUGAAACUGAGCCUGUUAGUCCGAUGUGGGCCUAG